AUUGAAAACUUUUUUACAGAAUGAAAUCAUUGGACAAUAUGUUUGCCACCGGACUCUUUAUUAAUGACCUUAGUAUGCAUGAUUGUAGCCGAGAUUUGGUCUUGGCUGGACAUCAGCAGUCAGCAGAAUUGAAACUUGCUCUAGACCAGGAGAAACUAAAGAGCGCUAUUCUGGAGAAAAGCAUGCAGAGAUUGGACAAAGAAAUGAAACGAACCGAUACCUUACUUUAUCAGAUGAUUCCCAAAAGUGUGGCAGAUCGCUUGAGGGAUGGCGAAGACUCGUUAGAUACAUGCGAGAUGUUCGACAGUGUAACAAUCCUAUUUAGUGAUGUUGUCGGCUUUACAAGUAUUUGCAGUAUGAUUACCCCCAUGGAAGUCGUUGGAUUGCUGAACUCCAUGUAUACAAUAUUCGACAACAUCAGCGAGAAACACCAAGUAUAUAAGGUAGAAACUAUCGGUGAUGCUUAUAUGUUAGUAUCUGGCGCCCCUGUACGAAUAGACAAUCAUCCUGUUGAAAUAUGUAACAUGGCGCUAGAUAUGGUCUCAGAAAUUGACGUAGUAGAUUCGACAGAAAUCUGCGAGAAGUUAAAAAUACGAAUAGGUAUUCAUACAGGACCCUGUGUAGCAGGGGUUGUCGGUGUGAAGAUGCCACGGUAUUGCCUCUUUGGAGACACAGUGAAUACAGCCGCGCGGAUGGAAACAAACGGAGAGGCAAUGAAAAUACAUAUUAGUGAGAGUACAAUGAAGGCUGUGCCGCCAAACAUGUUUGAAAUGACAGAAAGAGGAGAAAUUGACGUGAAAGGUAAAGGUCGCAUGGAAAGCUACUGGCUGAAUGCAAAAACGAAGAAAAUCAGGCUACCGAAUCGAAGAAUCAAAAUAAAAAAAGCAACCAGUGUGAAAUAUAAGGCAGAACACAUUAUUCUUGAACAAAGCGAAGAACUGGACGACCGUCUAACACCGGAUGUUACUAAUAAGCUACUAAACGACUUGGAAAACCCAGACACUGUGCAUUCUGAAAGAUCUGAAGUGUAUUCUCCUGUUAGUUAUGAAACAACUGAUAGCUCCACUGGGAGCUCUCCGGGGCGGCGUCCUAAAAAGAAAUCCGCCACUCCAACGUAUUGCCCCGUUCACUGCAGCCGCUGCUUAGAGAACAACUCGAACACAGACAUUUGCAAACAGAGCGGGUCGACGGAAUUGUUAACUAAGGCGGAUGAUAACAUGUUUAAAUCAGAUUUUGCUGCAGCAAAUGGAAUGCCGAAAAAAUUUGCGUCAAGAACAGGCAAAAGAAACAGCAGUUUAUGUUCUCUGAUUUAAUUCCUAAAGUCUAUUUAGACGACUCUAGCGGCCAUAUCUAAAAACUAAACAAAAAAAAUCAAGUCUAAACAAAAAGAAAGAGUAUAACACUGUUUUAUUAUAUUUAUUGUUUUGGUUUUGGUUUUUGGUAACAUUUUUUUUUCUUUUUGAAGACUGAUAUUGUUAAUUACGUUAAUAAUAUUUCAAUUAUGUGUCAUGACCGAUUCUU